AAAAGUUAGAUUCAGAUCAGGCAACAUACGGGGCCACAUGUUGUUAACUGGGGGCCUUGCAAACACACUACAUCAGACAAGUGAAGAUGGCGGAUGUGUUGAGUGUUCUUCGUCAGUAUAACAUUCAGAAAAAAGAAAUCGUCGCUAAAGGAGAUGAAGUUAUAUUUGGGGAGUUCUCCUGGCCGAAAAAUGUCAAGACCAACUACAUAAUCUGGGGUACUGGUAAAGAGGGCCAGCCCAAAGAGUACUAUACUUUGGACUCUAUCUUGUUCUUGCUCAACAAUGUGCAUCUCCCACAUCCAUCCUAUGUGCGAAGAGCUGCAACAGAAAACAUCCCUGUUGUCAGGCGACCUGAUCGAAAAGGCUUGCUGUCAUAUCUCAAUGGCGAGAGUUCUACAUCAACAAGUAUUGACAGAAGUGCACCUAUAGAAAUAGGUUUGCAAAGGCCAACACAAGUCAAAAGAGCAGCGGACGAGGUAUCUUCUGAAGCCAAAAAACCAAGGAUUGAGGAUGAGGAGCGAGUACGUCUGGAUAAGGAGCGGCUGGCUGCCCGUCUGGAGGGCCACAAAGAGGGCAUCGUGCAGACUGACCAGAUCAGAUCACUGUCUGAGGCCAUGUCGGUGGAGAAAAUUGCGGCCAUCAAAGCCAAGAUUAUGGCCAAGAAACGUUCCACCAUCAAAACGGAUCUGGAUGAUGACAUAACCCUGAAGCAGAGAAGCUUUGUGGACGCUGAGGUGGAUGUCACCAGAGAUAUUGUCAGCAGAGAGAGGGUCUGGAGGACCAGGACAACUAUUCUCCAGAGCACUGGAAAGAAUUUCUCCAAGAACAUCUUCGCCAUCCUGCAGUCAGUGAAAGCCAGAGAAGAAGGGCGAGCACCAGAGCAGAGACCAGCACAGAACACUACUCAAGUGGACCCGUCCCUAAGGAACAAGCAGCCUGUCCCAGCUGCCUACAACAGAUACGAUCAGGAGCGGUUCAAAGGAAAAGAGGAAACGGAGGGUUUCAAGAUCGAUACCAUGGGCACCUACCACGGCAUGACCCUGAAGUCAGUGACGGAAGGAGCAUCUGCUCGGAAGGCCCAGACUCCAGCGCUGCAGCCUGUCCCUCGUCCAGUUUCACAAGCCAGACCUCCACCGAAUCAGAAGAAAGGGUCCCGGACACCAAUCGUCAUCAUCCCUGCUGCCACCACCUCACUCAUCACAAUGCUCAAUGCUAAGGAUCUCCUGCAGGAUCUAAAGUUUGUCACACCAGAAGAGAAGAAAAAGCAGGGUAUCCAACGCGACAAUGAGGUUCUGCUUCAGAGGCGCAAAGACCAGAUCCAGCCCGGUGGCACAACACUAAGUGUCACUGUGCCGUACCGUAUCAUUGAUCAGCCACUCAAACUGGCUCCACAGGACUGGGAUCGAGUGGUGGCCGUGUUUGUGCAGGGUCCUGCCUGGCAGUUUAAAGGCUGGCCGUGGCUGCUGCCUGAUGGCUCUCCUGUCGACAUUUUCGCUAAAAUUCGAGCCUUUCAUUUGAAGUAUGAUGAGGCAAAGAUAGACCCCAACGUGCAGAAGUGGGAUGUGACCGUCCUGGAGCUGAGCCGCCACAGGCGCCAUUUGGACCGGCCCGUCUUCCUGCGCUUUUGGGAAACCCUCGACAGAUACAUGGUGAAACACAAAUCUCACCUCAGGUUCUGAGCCCAGAUCACAGCGUCCAUCUCCGAAAAUCCUACAAAUGAUUUAUUUGACCCUCCAACUCUCCUUGGUCCACCUCUUGCAGACGUAGCCCCUCUCGUUCCGAGCUGCCAUCCCAUCUUCUAACACGAUACCCAUUGUAACAGGAGAAGCAGGACACAUUUUCCAGCGGAUUCCUCGAGGACUCCUAAUGAAAUGUGCUGGAUAUGUUGUUUUGGACACUGGAGAGGAGAUAUAGGGGAUUUUUGUUUUUGUUGUAAUUAUUUUCCAAUGUUUUCAUAAAGUAAAAAAAAAAAUGUUUUAUAUAAAAAGGGCAACAUACUGUGGAAACAAUUUAAAUGCGGUAUUAAGCCAGAUAAUGGGGUCUGAGGGAGAGGAGAUUUUCAUUUUUUCUCUCUCAAUAAUACAGAAAAAAAAUUGUGAAUUCAGCUCAGAGAGAAACAUGAAAAUGACUCUCGGUACAAACAAAACGGCCACUGACUUUGAGGAAACAGACUUCCUUUACACUUUUUCUUUUGUUUUGGGUGUUUGUGGUCUGAAUGUACAUAUAUGAUAUGAUGAAACCUGUCCGAUCCAAAGCUCUUUGAGCAGAGAGAAGGACACAGGUAAGUGAUUUGUUAAUACUACUCUGCUCUGGCUCAGUGAGAUGAUCUCCGUCAAUAUAGCACAUCUCUUGGUCAUGCAAUGACCUGGUUAAAGUAGUUUUCCUUUUUGUUGGAGUUGUGCUAGAGAUGAGAAAUGAGAAAAGUGUUGCUUUAAGUCGUCACAUGAAAAUAGACAAUAAAGCCUCAGAGAAACAAAUAUG